AUGAAGCAAAGGCCCCAAAAAGAGGGUUUCUUUAUGCGGAGACCCCUUUUACCGAGUGAGCUCGCUAUAAAUGCAAAUGCGUGGAAGCAGUACCGCACCUGGCUUGUAUCUGAGCAGAGAGUUGCUGCGGUGGUUGGGCGUGCAGGGAUUGGGAAAGAGACAAUGGCCAGAAUGGUGAAUAAGAUACACAACUACAGGGAAACGUACACGGACGCCCUCAGCACAAAGGAGGAGGCUGCAGAAGCAGUCGAAAGAAUGCACCAAAUGGGAAAAUCAACUGUUAAGGGUGCACCUAGAAUAUUUAUUUUUCGGGACAUUGACCCAUUUCUGAUGAGAAAAGCCGUUAGGGCACGCGCUGGAAAAGUUCUGAUCAUUUCCGACGAGAUGAACAGCCUUUUCAUGGGAGAAGGCGUCUCCGUAAUUAGAUGCUAUGCGAACACCGAGCGAGUAGAAGCGUGCGUUGAGAGUGCGUGCAAGGAGGCAGGCCUUGAAAUAACCCCGGAAAUGCGCGCAAAAAUACAUGCAGGAUCCCCCGUCAGAAAAGCCCUUUCCGAAGUAGGCCUUCCUUCCGGGGACUUUUCCAGGCGCAUCCAGACGAUCCCGGAAGUCCUCGAUAAAAUCCUGCACCGGAGAGGGGGCGGAUUCAGAAAAUUCUUGGAAAUAGAAAAAAUGUGUACACAGACUCCGGGAGUUCACUACGCCCUUUUCAAGCACUUUCUGACGAAGUGUGAUUCCGUUGGAACAGCAGCAUAUUUGUCCGAAAUGGGCUCGAAGUACGAAAGUGGAGGGCCUGAUCGCACCUCCAUUUUUGCAUUUAUUUGCCAUAAGAUUCUCUAUAGCAACGAGUAUAUAAGCUUCAAAGGGGGCGACCCAGAAAAGGUCGAAUCAGAAGAAGCCCCUUUAACGUGGAAUACUUUGCGCACUACGCGGAGAGAGGCAGCGCAUAUACGGGGCCUAAUGGGGGUUCUUGCCCGGAAAGUCCGGAAGGUUUCUACGCCCUGGAAUGUGGAUGCGUAUACAAAAGAAGCCAUCCGGAGGAUGAUGGGGUCGUUGGAAAAUGUGGACUUCCUGAGCAGUGAAGAUGCUUGCGCUCUUCGGGGGAUAGAUAUAUCUCCUGCGGAAAGGCCUGCAGGAGUGCCUCGGUACGUGUACAAGGACGGGCACUCGCACUACGUGACCAGAGACGUGACAGUGGAGGAAAUACUCAGGAAGCAGUGA